GGGAGGGGGGGACCGUCUCUCUCAUCCCGGGUUCAACAUCAUGUCUGAGGAGGCGCGGUGGACGGGCGAGAGGAUGAGGACGAGGAUGAGGAUGAGGAUGAGGAUGAGGCACUGACCAUCUCCCCCGUGCUCCGCUGGAGAGGCUCAGAGUCUCCUGGCCGAGUCCGAUCGGAAAGAAGCAGCCGCAGGGAUGGAGGACCCCGCAGCCACAUGUAGAGGGUAGAUCUCCACCGGGACUGGGUCUUCUGGACUGACCGAGCUCGGCGGACUCCCUCCGUGCCCGUCCACGCGUGGAGCGCGACGCAUUCGGCGAGGAUGAAUAAAGCGGGGGGGAGGUCGACCUCGUCGCUGCCCCCGGAGCCGGUGGAGAUCAUCCGGAGCAAGGCGGGCUCCCGCCGCGUGCGCCUCAACGUGGGGGGUCUCCUGCACGAGGUGCUGUGGCGGACGCUGGACCGGCUGCCCCGCACGCGCCUCGGCAAGCUGCGGGACUGCAACACGCACGACUCGCUCAUGGAGAUCUGCGACGACUACUGCCUGGAGGAGAACGAGUACUUCUUCGACAGGCACCCGGGCGCCUUCACCUCCAUCCUGAACUUCUACCGCACGGGGAAGCUGCACAUGAUGGAGGAGAUGUGCGCGCUCUCCUUCAGCCAGGAGCUCGACUACUGGGGCAUCGACGAGAUCUACCUGGAGUCGUGCUGCCAGGCGCGCUACCACCAGAAGAAGGAGCAGAUGAACGAGGAACUGAAGCGCGAGGCGGAGACGCUGCGCGAGCGCGAGGGCGAGGAGUUCGACACCACGUGCUGCGCGGAGAAGCGCAAGAAGCUGUGGGACCUGCUGGAGAAGCCGAGCUCGUCCCUCGCGGCCAAGGUCUUGGCCAUCAUAUCCAUUCUUUUUAUCAUUUUGUCAACCAUCGCCUUGUCUUUGAACACACUCCCGGAGUUGCAGGACACCGAUGAGUUUGGCCAAGUAACGGACAAUCCGCAGCUGGCACAUGUGGAGGCUGUGUGCAUCGCCUGGUUUACCAUGGAGUACCUGCUGCGCUUCCUCUCAUCACCCAACAAGUGGAAGUUCUUCAAGGGGCCCCUGAAUGUAAUUGACCUGCUGGCCAUCCUGCCCUACUACGUCACCAUCUUCCUGACUGAGUCCAACAAAAGCGUACUGCAGUUCCAGAAUGUGCGACGGGUGGUGCAGAUCUUCCGUAUCAUGCGCAUCCUUCGCAUUCUCAAGCUGGCACGGCACUCCACAGGCUUGCAGUCGCUAGGAUUCACACUACGGCGCAGUUACAAUGAGCUGGGGCUGCUCAUCCUCUUCCUUGCCAUGGGCAUCAUGAUCUUUUCCAGCCUUGUCUUCUUUGCCGAGAAGGAUGAGGAUGACACAAAGUUCAAGAGCAUUCCUGCCUCAUUCUGGUGGGCUACCAUCACCAUGACCACAGUAGGCUAUGGGGAUAUCUAUCCAAAGACUCUGUUAGGAAAGAUUGUUGGGGGCUUAUGCUGCAUUGCUGGGGUACUGGUGAUUGCCCUGCCCAUCCCAAUUAUCGUCAACAACUUUUCUGAAUUCUACAAGGAGCAGAAGAGGCAGGAGAAAGCCAUCAAACGAAGGGAAGCUCUGGAAAGAGCCAAGAGAAAUGGCAGCAUUGUGUCUAUGAACAUGAAGGAUGCUUUCGCCCGGAGCGUAGAGCUUAUGGACGUGGUGGUGGACAAAAACGGGGAGAACAUGAGCCGGAAAGAGAAAGUGCAGGACAACCACCUUUCCCCCUCCCGCUGGAAGUGGACACCGAAGCGCACAGUCUCAGAGACUAGCUCAAACAAGUCCUUGGAAGGGAAGGAGACAGGCUCACCAGAUAAGGCCCGCUCCUCCAGCCCACAACACCUUAACGUGGAGAAGCUGGAGGAAAUGUACAACAAGAUGGCCAAGACCCAGUCCCAGCCCAAUCUUAACAGCAAAGACAGAGGGUUGUCAUCGAAAGCUGCUAAGCAGAGGGACGAAAUUGAGAUGGGUAGUAUCCCCGGCCCUGCUGACCCCCUGCUAACUGCACGUGAGGGCAUCGUGGACAUGAGGAGUAUGUCCAGCAUCGACAGCUUUAUCAGCUGUGCAGCAGACUUCCCAGAGAGCGCCCGCUUCUCACACAGCCCCAUCGCCAGUGGCCGCGUCAGUACCAGCCCGGGGCUGGAGACCACCCUUGAGCAUGAGCCCAUAUUGUCCCCCAGCAGCACCAGUAAAGCCACCAAGACGGAGUCCGUCCGAGAGACAAGCGCCAAAACCGAGGGCUCACGGCUCAGCUUCUUCUCCGACAGCCCUCGUGGGCUACGCUUCAGCAACCCGCUCAAAAGUCGCUCCUUCAAGGUCAACUUUCGGGGCGGGGAGUCCGGCUCAUCGUCCGCGCAAGGGCCCGCUGCUCCCCUUUCCGACAGUUCAGCCUUCUCCGACCGAUCCCUCCUGAGCCCCGAGGCAUCCAUUUACACCACAGCCAGCAGCAAAACACCACCCAAGUCACCAGAGAGCCUCAUGCCUACGGUCUUCACUUUCCACGAUGCAUCGAUCAGCAAGUACAUCGAUGCCGACACCGAUGAUGAUGAUCACCUUCAGGAUGGCUCUGACUCCAGCCCCUCAAAGCGGCUGCUGGACAACACCAGCCCUAAGUUCAGCAGCAACAGCACCUACCAGCGGGCAGCAAACCACCUGGAAGGGCCCCAGAGGAUGAACUGCGUGUUCGCCCUGGAGGGCCGGCCGGGCGUCGGCCAGGAGAACCACGUGGCCCAAGAGCCACGGGUGUCCCGCGGGGAAAAGGUUCGUUCCAAUACUUACGACGACAGCAUCUGAACCGCGUGAGGGGAUUGCAACUGGACAGAGAGCACUGGAACACAGCGGGGCCGGAAUGACCGAGCGUCAUCAGGAAAAAAAGUGUAAAAAAACAUGACAGCAAGAAACAUAACAUACGAAACACACUGGGAGUUUUGCUGCCUGGUACAGGAGACUAAGCACAGACACAGACAAUAACAAGAAGGUCUGGUAAUCUGCUGGUCCUCUCAUGAGAAAUACUUGAGGGAUUUGCCUCGGACUAGCAGGACCUUCACCAGACACAUGGCUCCUGCCCCACCCAGAAUGAACAGGGCUGCUCUGGCAGCUGAACAGGGCUGGGGGGGCAGGACACAAGGCGGAGCUGGGGUCGACCGCGAGGGACAGCGGAACAAAGUGGAAAAGGACAUGCCGCUGUCUUCAGUUCGAACGCGAUUCACCCAGGGAUGGCUCUCCGAGCCUCAGUCGGCCGAGACCCAACACACACACUGUAGAUUAGUUACUAACAAUGAGACUGCGCUCAAAAGCAAUUGUCAUUUUCUCUGUAGGGUUUUUUUCCCCCUCAAAACUGGCCUUAGU